AUACAAUAAACGUCAUAAAUCCAAGAAAGCGAACCCAUUUUAGGCUUGAGUAAUAGUUAUAGACAAUUAUAAGCAAAUAGCUGUAUGGUGUUGAGCUGAUAGUACAAUUAUUAUUAAAAAGUAAGUAGGUCGUUAUUAAAAACAAUAAUGAUAAAUUAAAUAAUAAGUAGGGGAAAAGACUACAUGGCAGAUCCAGAUAGAGCUAAUUAUUGUUCUUGAGAUCCUUAGUCCAGCGGAGGUCUUAUGGAAUGAACAGAGCUCUGUGCCCAUUUCUAGAGAAACUGCGUAGGCUACACCACGAAAGAAGGCAUCUGGAUCUGUGGGUGGAGAUGAUGGGUGUUAUGUUAUCCUACAUGAUGUCAUGGGCUUUUCCCUGCUGCUCACAGACCUAGAGGCCACCCGCAAUACCAAUUCAGGCCAUGGCAUAAAUUGUAGGUCCUUUCCUCAUUACCUUUCCGUUUACUUAUAUACACCACUGCCAUGCUCACCUUUGCACUGGCUCUACAUUUUGAUCUGAACUACAAACCUGUUAAGUUCCGUGACUGUGAAUCUUGCGCGCUGUUGAGGUGACAGCAACUUUCAACAGAGAGCCAAAUUAACACUGUGAUGACACACAUAGUCUCACAACAUUAAAACAUGUGAGGCACACGCAGUGGUAGCUAGUAAUGAGGCUUCGUAAUCUGCACUCCAGUGAUUUUUUAGGAACAGGUGUUAAUUGUGGUAUGGAGACGGUUUCUGGUUAUGACAGUGAGUGAUGGCAACCAACAUGUGAAGGAGAAACACGGAAUGUACUCGCUGAAGAACUGUAGAAGGGUUUUUGGAAUUCAGUUCUUGAAAGCAUGUGGAUGCAGGUUUGCUUUCUUGAUAAGGCUUCUGUGUUUUGCUCAAAUGUCAAAGAUCAUUCCAAGAUAUUCACACCAUCCAACUCCUUGUCUGGACUGCAUCCUGAAAUCAACCACCAACCACCUCUGAGUGAAAUUGAAAUCCAGCAUUGUAUUGUUGCACCAUUUAACGUUAAAAUCAUAGAGAAGAACCGUGUUCCUGCUCAGAGCCUGAGAGAAGCGCUGUGUAGUCAGAACAUUUAAUGAGUUGGCAGUUUGGAUGGAUGCUUUCACAGUCACCAUAGAGCAUGAACAGGAGGAGGGAUAGGAAAACACCCUUGUAGUGAGCUUGUGUUGGUUUUUAGGGUGUUUGAGUGACCAGUUUGUUGGCGAGGAUGACAGGCUACAUGGUGUUGAAUCCAAAAUAAAUAUUAACAAAUGGAAGCCUGGCAAAGUUCCGCUCUCCUUCAGGUCCCUGUGAAUCUAGCAGGACAAUUUUAGCAUCAUGUUCUGUGUAUAUUUGUACUCAUUUUCAAUGUUGGUAAAAAUAUGUUGUUUGUUUCUUUAAAAGCAGCGAUGUUUUGACUUGAAUACAAGGACACAUUCUGGAUUACACCAAAGGGGCCUACCCUUCAUGGGUGAUUUGCAGAGGUUGAAUCUAAGAACUUGUUUAAUGAAAUGCUGUAUAUGGAUUUAAAAAAUGUAAGUCAGGCUACAUUUUAGUAUUUCCGAUGUGUCCAUUGGAGUCCAAACUGUUAUCGUUAUUUUAUUGUUGUUCAUAAAGACUAGCUCUCCAUCAAUAUAGGAAAAUGUGUCUGCAUAAGAUUAGGAUGCAUAUAGCUAUAAAGUAUUUUAAUUAAAGCUUUGAAGAUAUCUGAAACCAAAGGGAAAUCCCUUUAAAGCUGUUCACUUCUGAGGGAAGAAAGUAGAGUGUAGAUGUCAAAGCGAGUCAAUAAAUACAGUGAGUUAUCUGGGCUCCACACAAAGGGAAGGAACAUCAACAGGGAUUCAAGCUGUGAGUACAAGCCUUCAACAAACCUGACAUCCAGCUCCCACUGGGUAACAGGCAGGGGUGACUGCACCACCACUUGUGUGCAUCACCCGGGGUCACCUGCCAAAGACAGCCUCACUCCUCUGCCUCCCAAAUCUGCUCCAUUGUGGCCCAACACACUCCACAGCCAUGUGCACAGCCUGGUCUACCGGAGUCACCAGAAUUUGCAUGUGUUAUGUGGAUGACAAAGUGUCCAAAGUGGCCUGGCUCAAUCGAUCCAACAUCAUCUAUGCCGGCCAGGACAAGUGGUCUCUGGACCCCAGAGUAGAUCUGGUGACUAAAGGACAGCUCGAGUACAGCCUGCGCAUACAGAAGGUGGAUGUUUAUGAUGAGGGGUCGUACACCUGCUCCAUACAGACGAAGCAGCAGCCCAAGACCUCACAGGUCUACCUCAUUGUACAAGGUAAGUGGCACCUACACAUAGACACCAGCAGCACACAACACACAACCAAUCCACGCCAGCCGUACAGAUUUACACUUGGAAAUGGUGUCAAUAUAUUAUAUUCCAAACAGAAGCUAGAACAAAUUUGAAAUGAUUAUGUCAUAUUUAUUAAGAGUCAAUCGCAUCAUUGUCCAACUGCACACAAGCAGCAAACAGCAGCGUCACCAAACUCUGUU